AAGUGAUCGUUGUUGAUGUAAACGGGUAGAGAGGUUUACUGCGUCUUUAAAGUGGCUGACAAACGACCAGGGAAUAUGGUUAAUGCUUUUGUCUUGUUCUUUACGUGCUCGUGGGGUCUGGUUGAUGUGAAGACAUUAUCAGUGAUGGAGGGAGAUUCUGUCACUCUGAACACUGAUCUUUCUGAAGUACAGAAAUAUUUGUUGAUACAAUGGAUGUUUGGAAGCACAAGAAUUGCUGAAGUCGAAAGUCUCUCACAAACCAACUCGACAUAUGAUGGUCCUGAUGAGAGAUUCAGAGACAGACUGAAGUUGGAUCUUCAGACUGGAUCUCUGACCAUCACAAACACCAGAACCACCGACUCUGGACUUUAUAAAGUAACAGUUAUCAGCAAAAACAGCAAAGACACCAGCUACAUGCGUUUCAAUCUUACUGUCUAUGAAUCUCCACAAAGUACUUCAUCUCCAGAAAGUUCAUCAAGGUCCAAUUUUCUGUUAUUAACUGUCAACCAGACUGAGGACGUCAACAUUACUGAUCUCCAUCAGCCGUGUUCAGCAAGCCAGUGUUGUGGUUUUAUUGAACCUGUGAUCCGAUUGGUCAUCUCUGCUCUGGUGGGCGUGGCUGCUGUUGCUUUUAUUGUUUAUGACAUCAGAUCUACAAGACGUGGCUCCACAGAACGGACACUGAAUCCAACAACACCGACACAAGUGAUCAGACAGAAGGAGGUUGAAAUCAUCAACAUCAUGGAUUGA